GCCGCCCCUCCUUUCCCCUCGAAAACAAUAAACGAUAAUAUAAAAAGCAUGCCGGUCGAUCCCUCCGCCUCCGAACUAUCCUCCAAUAGUAUCGACCCCGCCGCUACCCACAAGACGACAUCAGCGGACCCUUCUUCGUCCAAGCCCGAGAUCGAAUACGACGAUUUUGGUUUGCCCAUAAGAAAGGCGCGGCCGAGGACCCCGCUACCUCCUGUGAGCGACGAUGGUUCCGAGGACGGGGAUGAGUUUAAGGACGCUGUUUCCAAGUCCGCGAGUAAGGAGAACAUCGUGCUGACAGGGAACGGGGAAAACGAGGCGGUGAAAGCGCCCGAGACUGAUUCUAGGAAGGAUAUCACAUCACAAUCGCCGGUCGUUGCGCUGGAAAAUGCAGCUACUGUUGAGAUUGACAAGGCGGUGGAGGGAGGGAACGAGAGCAGCGUGCAGAGAGAGGUUGCAAAGCAAGACGAGGAACACCAUAUGAAGGCUCCUGAAACAGCAAAUGAAAACACCCCACCUCGUGAGCCUGAGAAGGAAAAGGAGAAGGAACAGGAUAUUCCCAUUUCCAAGGGCGAAGACAAUACGUUACCCUCAGCACUACCAGAAUCCUCCAACAGUCAGAAACGCAGGAGUAAUUUCGCGAAUGGCGCAGUCUCCGAAUUUUCGCACCAGCAACUAGCACCUCAGACCUCCAAAGACGACGACGCCCUCGAUCUGAAUGAUGAUGGCGGAUGGCAAACUAUGCCCGCGUACGCCCGUUACGACAUGUACGAUGACGACAACAAGCUUGUUGCGAAAGAAAAUGCAGAAGAGCUCGAGGACAUGAGCGGAUAUGGCAAUGUUGGAGGCGCUGCAAAAGGCUACACGAGGGUCAUCAUGGAUGAUGAUGUCGAGUCCGUGACUAGCAUGGACGACAACACAGCAUACUUGUUCAAAGAGAAGGGAAACACCUUGCUUGAAGAUGAUGACGAGGCUGCCCGCGACCCUCUUUCGCAAAUGCAGACCACGAAGAGCAUCCUCACAGAAGGCCAACGUGUGGCAUAUGUUGGCAUAGUUCGGCUGGGGCUGGCAGAGAUGAAGAAAAACUUCGAUGAACUAGAACGGAACAAGAAUACCAAGAAGAUAUUCGACGUGGUUCAAGAAGCGAACCAGAUGUGGGCGCAGAAGAUGAUGGUCCGGCUAUACUCUCACAUGGACAUCAACGAAACAGAACAAAUCAUGAUCGAACAACUUUCAGAGCACGGCGUGAUACCUGCCGACUUGACCCCAACAUUGAUGCAGAAUGCUCGGGUAAAAAAUCCCGUUGAGGAAGAAGACAAUUCUGUCAAAGAGUCAGACUCAAGGAAAUCCGGCACAUCAUCGCCUCGUCCCGAUUCAGCCACCGAGAAAAAGAAGUCAUCCUCAAGCCUAAGUGUACAAAGUCCAGAGACUCCCGCGCCUCCGCCCUACGAAGCUGCACCUCCAUCUUAUGAGGAUGGUCAUGUCGAAGACCUACAAGAAGAAACAUUACCUACCCAGUUAUCUGACACCGAAAACGUAGAUAUUGACCUUCGGUGGACGAUCCUUUGCGACCUCUUUCUGGUUCUCAUUGCCGACACUGUGUACGACGCCCGAUCCAGACAGCUUCUUGAGCAAGUGGGGAAAUAUCUAAGCGUAGAUUGGCUUGAAAUCAGCCGGUUUGAAAAACGGGUGACCGAAGCAUUAGAAAUGCAGGAGGAGGCCAACAAAGAGAACUGGAAUGAGGAGGAACAUAUGGAGGAUCGAAGGAAGAAGGCGUUGAAAAAGAGACUUGCAUACAUGGGUAUUGCCACUGUGGGUGGAACUCUUGUCAUUGGAUUGUCUGCGGGUCUCCUUGCGCCACUGAUUGCUGGCGGCCUGGUGGCAGGAUUUGCCAGUAUUGGUGCAGCAUUGCCCACCGCUGCUGCUGCUGCUAUUGCUGGUGCAGGUGGUAUUGCGACUAUCACAACGACUUCUGCGGUCAGUGGUGGUAUCAUAGCCGUGAGAGCUGCAAAUAGACGAACCGGAGCAGUCAAAACGUUUGAGUAUCGCCCUCUUCAUAACAACAAACGAGCAAAUCUCAUCAUCACUUUGGCUGGCUGGAUGAACGGUACCUUGGAUGACGUCCGAUUGCCUUACAGUACCAUAGACCCUGUCAUGGGCGAUAUCUAUUCCGUCCUCUGGGAGCCCGAGGUCCUUCGAAGUAUGGGUGAUACCAUCAACAUCCUGGCUACAGAGGCUCUCACUCAAGGUUUACAACAAGUGCUUGCCAGCACCAUUCUUACAGCACUCAUGGGUGCCCUGCAGGUUCCCCUUAUUCUAUCUAAACUCUCGUAUCUCAUAGAUAAUCCCUGGUCCGUCUCGCAAGAUCGAGGUGACAUGGCUGGCCUCAUUCUCGCAGAUUCCCUGAUGGCUCGCAAUCUAGGAACCCGUCCCAUUACUUUGGUCGGUUUCUCGCUCGGGUCAAGGGUCAUAUUCUCAUGUCUCAAAGAGCUCUCCAAACGGGGUGCGGUUGGCUUGGUCCAGAAUGUUUAUAUGUUUGGCACCCCUCUCGUCGCAAAGAAGGACGAGUUCAUCAAGGCCAAAUCCAUUGUUCCAGGUCGCUUCGUCAACGGAUAUGCAACAAACGACUGGAUCCUAGGCUAUCUGUUUCGAGCAACCAGCGGCGGCAUCAUGCGUGUAGCUGGUCUUGCUCCUGUCGAAGUUCCAGGCAUUGAGAACUACAAUGUCACCGAGCUAGUACCUGGCCACAUGGCUUACCGUACCGCAAUGCCCAAGCUUCUUCGCGAAGUGGGUUGGCUCGUGGAAAGCGACGAGUUCGCUGAAAUCGAAGAUCCUGACCCUGAAAACCAUGAAAAGAGACAGCGUGAGCUGAUCAACGAAAUCGAAGAGGCUCGAAAAGAGUUGGAGAAGAAGCCAGAAAAGAAAGGAGCGUUCAGUUUUUGGCGCAAGAAAAAGGCUCAGAAGAAGGAGUGGGAGGUCUACGAUGAAAAGAGUCAGGGAACUUCGCAAACUGAAAACGGGAACGAUCCUACGAAAAACCCAGAGAAUCCUGUUCUCUUCGACAUUGACGCCAUCAGAGAUGAAAUCAAUGCCAUGAGCUACGAUAACCCGGAACCCAUCGAAAUCAAAGAGAUUAAAAGCACCCUCCCGCCCAUGAAAAUCGACAUCUCCCAGGCAAGCCCAAACCCCUUUGACGACCUCCGCAAAACGAAAAGCUACAAUGACAGCCUCCCCAUAGCAUCGACAGCCGGCCAUGGCGGCAGCGCAGGCAAUCUAUCGACAUACUCCGCCGCCACCACAUCAAAUCCGAACAAAAAACAGAGCUUUGAAGAGUAUGACGAGUACGACGAAGGCGAUAUUUCUAUGACAUUCGACUCCUCCUUCAAAGAACCCCCUUCCGCCUCCGCGAAAUCUCCUCUCCCGAAUUCUUCGUAUGAAUCCCCAAUUCCGUCGAAGGACAAUUGGGACUCUUCACCUGCGCCACAGACAUCGUGGAAAGAUGAAGAGUUGUCGCCGAACCAGCGUCCACCGCUUCGCUCGGCGACGACGGAACCUAUGGCCCCAUCGUCUUCAUCGAAUGCAAACGCGAAUGCGGGGUUCGGAUACAACGCUUGGGCAGAUGAGUUCGACGAUGAUGAGUUUGGCAAGGAAAAAGAGAUGAAGAUGACUUUUAUGUAG